AUGCAUGUUAAAGGACCUACCUCCUUUGAUGAUCUUUACACAGCCAACGGUGUAAAACACCAACUGUUUAGAAAAUCAGCAGUUGAGAGAGGAUUGAUCGAGAACGAUGACGGCUUAUUGCAAUGUCUUACCGAGGCUUCUGUCUUUCAACUUCCACAUCCUUUGAGACAACUAUUUGCCACUAUAUUGGUAUAUUGUGACCCAGGUGAUGUUAGAAGGUUAUGGGAUGAACACUACGACUCACUUUCUGAAGACUACAGAAGACAAACCCAAAAUAGUGAACAAGUUCAAAAUAUGGUUCUUAAAGACAUUUUGACAUUUCUUCAAUCUAUGAGUAGGAGUCUACAUGAUUUUGACCUUCCUCAUAUGACCUCAAAUUUUAUUGACUCAGGAGGUUGUCAAGAAUUACAAGAAGAAACUUCCAUAGUUGUUGAAACCGAUCAUCUCCACGCGAAAGAUUCUCUCAAUGCUGAUCAGAGGUUUGCAUACGAUACGAUCAUCAGGCACGUUGAUGAUGAUUGUUCAGGUGUGUUCUUUGUAGAUGGCUCAGGCGGAACAGGGAAAACCUUUUUGUAUAAUGCUCUGCUUGCUGAGGUUCAAUCCCGUGGGCAGAUUGCCGUGGCCACUACUUCGUCUGGGGCAGCGGCUAAUAACAUGCCUGGUGGUCGAAUAGCCCACUCAAGAUUUAAGAUUCCCCUGGAGCUUAAUAAUAAUUCUCUUUGUAACAUCAGUAAACAAAGUGGGACUGCUCAGCCACUUCUUAAGGCCAAACUUAUCAUAUGGGAUGAAGUCUCGAUGGCUAAACGACAAGCGGUUGAGGCAUUGGAUCGAACAAUGCAAGACAUAAUAGGCGUAAGACAACCAUUUGGAGGUAAAAUAAUGGUUUUGGGAGGUGAUUUCAGACAGGUUUUGCCGGUUGUCAAAAAAGGAACCCGAGCACAGAUUGUAGACUCGAGCCUACGUAUGUCACCUUUGUGGUCCGGUAUCAAAAAGAUGCGUCUAACUGUAAAUAUGAGAGCACGAACUGAUCCAUGGUUUUCAGAUUUCCUUUUAAAAGUUGGUGACGGGGAUGAGGAAGUGAUUAAUGGAAACUUUAUUCGCAUACCUGAUGAUAUGACCAUCCCAUACACUAAUGGAGCUAAACCAAAAGAGGAUUUAAUUAGUGCCAUAUUCCCGUCUAUGGAAGUCAAUGGAAAUUCUUCAUACUUUGAUGAGGCAGAAGACGAUGUUAACAACUAUUAUCCAAUUGAAUUUUUAAACUCACUUAACGUUAGUGGUUUGCCCCCUCAUUGUCUUCGACUCAAAGUUGGAUGCCCGGUCAUACUAUUACGUAACAUCGAUCCAUCGGACGGGCUGUGUAAUGGCACAAGGUUGAUAUGCAAAGGAUUCCAGCGAAAUGUCAUCGAUGCAGAAAUAGCGGUUGGUCAGCAUGCCGGGAAAAGAGUUUUUUUACCCAGAAUCUCUCUUUGUCCAUCUGAAGAUGAUAUGUUCCCCUUCAAGUUGAAGAGAAAGCAAUUUCCAGUUCGUCUUAGCUUUGCAAUGACAAUAAACAAAGCGCAAGGCCAGACCAUUCCAAACGUCGGGGUUUACCUACCGGAAUCUGUGUUCUCGCAUGGACAGCUUUAUGUGGCACUAUCUAGGGGGAUAUCACGUGAAAAGGUGAAAGUGUUGGUUAGGCCUACGCAAGAAUUUCCUCAACUCGGAGUAUACACCUCAAAUGUGGUGUAUAGGGAAGUUUUACAUGAUGCAUAG